AUGAUGCGAGAUUGCGCCUGGUUGAGUUUUGCUAGCAAUAUUCAAGAACUCGCUUUCCCCCUGUCCGUUUUACCUGAUCCCUUUCACUCCUCCCCGCAGCGCGCGACUGACACCGUGAACACUCUCUGCGUCGGCCGUCGCCAGCCCGAGUUCGGCGUCGCAGCGCUCGCAGCGUUCGCACAGUCUGUCGCGGAUAGCACGGACAUGGGCGCGGUCUUCGAGAGCACGAGCGACAUGCCCUCCUAUUUCUACGUCGGCAACUCCGCCAAGCUCAAGCGCCUACACCGCUGCGCCGAUUCCCUCGUCUACUACUCGUACGCUCCGCCCGCCUCUGCCGGCGCGCGGGGAUCCUUUGCGCGCAUGUCUGCGCUCCCGCCGGUUGUGGCGCAGUCCGCCUUCAUCUUUUCGAUUUCUCCCGCUGCGCUCGACAAUGCUGACGUGGAAAUGACGGUCGUCAACUAUUCCCCGCGCCCUCUGACGGUUACCGGCCCGAUUGCUGGCGAGAUUCAGGCUACAGAAGGGACGGUGUCAGCUACAGAAACGCUGAAUGUGGAUUCGGAGGUCCCCCAGGUGGUGUCGGACUACCUUGUAACGGUUGCCCUGACGCAGAGCAAGAAGCUGCGAGGAACCAUCAUCGUGUCGUCGUCGCCCACCAACAACCCCGAUGGCACCCUCUACACUGCCACAUACAUCAUCUAUAAGCCGUUCCCCAACAGCGAUGGCGGAAUCUGCACCACUGAUGCUGACAUUCCCUGCUUCACCUUCUCCUACCAGACCGCUACGUUCUUUGAACCUGCUGCAGAUGCUGCAUCAGCAGCAGGGGCUGACGGCGGGGAUCAGGGGCAGCAGCAGGCACCGCCAAGGGCUAUGCUGGAAACUGGGGGGUCUGCUAGUGAUGGUGUGCAGAAUUCUGCUCUGGCUGUCGGUGCUGGUCACAGGAAGCUGGGGCGGGUUCUGAUUUCGGAGAUUGGAUAUGCAAUGGCAAGUGAUCGCGUGGUGGCGGCGAGCGCGGAUCCGGUGUGCGUGUUCGGCGAGGAGUAUUGCCUGCCGUACGAGACCACGCUGCUCGUGCGCUCGCGCAAGUGGCAAAUGGCCGACGAGUUCGAAGUCACUGACGUGGAGGGCCGCACGCACUUCAAAGUCGAAGACAAGAUCAUGGAGUGGCGCGACAAGAAGACGCUGGUGAACAGUGCGGGCGAGGCGGUGUGCACGGCGGUGGAGAAGGCGUUCACGCUGCACAGCGGCACGCUCAUGAUGCGCGGCCGCGAUACCAACACGGAUAACUUCGUUGUGCGCACGCGCAAGGUCUCCCACUCGCACCCGCGCAUGGAGAUAUACCUGAAGGAGAACAACACGAGCGUGCCGGACCUCGUGGCGUAUGGCAACUUCAAGAAGCUUGACUUCAAGGUGUUCAACCCGAGGCGGGUUCCGGUGGCGGAGGUGAAAAUGGACCCCUUCGGUCCGCGCUCGCACCACUCGCUGUUGCUGGAUUUGAAGGCACACAUCGACAUGGCACUCAUGAGUCGUACCUCCUUCCCCUCACAUAGCCUCUCUUUCCCCACCCCCUCAAUUCAAAUGGCGAAAAACCUGCCGUUCUUGCCGCCGGCGAAGGCGGCGGCGAGCGCGGAACCGGUGUGCGUGUUCGGCGAGGAGUAUUGCCUGCCGUACGAGACCACGCUGCUCGUGCGCUCGCGCAAGUGGCAAAUGGCCGACGAGUUUGAAGUCACUGACGUGGAGGGCCGCACGCACUUCAAAGUCGAGGACAAGGGCUGUCGCGAACGAGGGGCUGUCGCGAACGAGGGGCUGUCGCGAACGAGGGGCUGUCGCGAACGAGGGGCUGUCGCGAACGAAGAGCUGUCGCGAACGGCGAUAAUGGAGUGGCGCGACAAGAGGACGCUGGUCAACAGCGCGGGCGAGGCGGUGUGCACAGCGGUGGAGGCGGCGUUUUCUCUGCACAGCAGCACGCACAUGAUGCUUGGCCGCGACACCAACUCGGACCACUUCGUUGUGCGCACGCGCAAGGUCUCCGCGACGCUCCCCAGGAUGGAGAUAUACCUGAAGCAGAACGUCACAAGCGUGCCGGACCUCGUGGCGUAUGGCAACUUCAAGAAGCUUGAAUUCAAGGUGUUUAACACGAAGCGGGUGGCGGUGGCUGAGGUGAGGAUGGACCCCUUUGGCCCGCUCUCACACCACUCGCUGUUGCUGGAUGUGAAGGCACACAUCGAUAUGGCACUCAUGUUAGAUCACAGGACAGUCUGGGCGAGAGUCAAAACAGAUCCCACCCGCAAAUCCUGUUACUUCCACCGAGUCUGUUGCCCCGCUAUGGCAUCAGCAGCGGCGGCUGCGCGCCUGCGGGAUCUGCAAUCGCAGCCGGGGAACAAGAUUUGUGUGGAUUGCAGCCAGAAGAACCCGCAAUGGGCCUCCGUCAGCUACGGCAUCUUCAUGUGCCUCGAGUGUUCGGGCCGGCAUCGCGGCCUCGGCGUGCACAUCAGCUUCGUGCGAUCCGUCACCAUGGAUUCCUGGUCCGAGAUCCAGCUCAAGAAGAUGGAAUCCGGCGGCAAUCUCGCGCUGAACGAAUUCCUGUCUCGGUACGGCGUGCCUAAGGAAACCGACAUCGCAGUUAAGUACAACACCCCCGCCGCGGAAGCCUACCGAUCGAAGAUUCAAGCCAUGGCGGAAGGCCGAUCUUGGACCGCUCCGAACAUUGAAAGAGUUAAUUUGACCAAGGCUGGCACAGGUGGGGGGAGCCGGCCGACCGCUAAAGCAAGCCCAGGUGGAUUCGGCUCCAGUGACGGGUGGGAUGACUGGGGCGACGGCAGCUCAGGCAGUCAAGCGGGCAUGCGCCGGCACCAGUCCGAAACCAGUAUUUCAGCUGGACACGGCGGGAGCGGCCGACGGAGCAAUCUGGUAGCUGGCGGCGGCGGCGGCGGCGGUGGCCAUGGAAUGGGUCAUCAUUCCGGGUCCACCAAUGAGAUUUACACGCGGGAGCAGCUGGAGGCGUCGGCGGCGGGGAAGGAGUCGUUCUUCGCGCGGAAGCAGGCGGAGAACGCCUCGAGGCCGGAGGGCGUUCCGCCGAGCCAGGGAGGCAAGUACGUGGGAUUCGGCAGUGCUCCCGUCAACCGGCCCGCUAAUCGAGGCGGCGAGGACGUUAUUGAAGAUACCGUCAAGAUCGUCUCCGAGAGCUUCCGUUCUCUCUCGAUGGCGGCUGUGGGGGUCGCAAGCUCAGCCGCGGCGGUGGUCCAGGAAGGAGCCAAGGACAUCACCGCAGGAGUCACGGAAGGUGGCUUGGACAAGAAGGCCAUUGAGACCGCCUCCGUGGUGGCAGGGCGUGCAACUGAGCUGGGGAAGUCAGCGUGGGGCUUCAUGCGCGGCUUUGCAGAGCGGGCUGUGCAAACCGUGGAUGGUUACUCGGGCGGUGCUGUGGGGAACGCGCUGGAGGUGGCAGCUGCAGCCAGCGCAAACGCUGGGAGCAUGAUAGUCCAGGGGCUUACUGGUGCGGCUGUGAGCGAAGGUGGUGCUGGGGGUGCUGGCGGCGCUGUGGGAGGGAGCCGGGGAGGAGGUGGCUUUGACGACUGGGAUGAUUGGGGGGAUGAUAACAAGGGGCAGUCGGGUCAGGCUGGCAGUGGCAGGUAUAAUGGGAGUGAUGGGGAUGGAUUCGGGCAGGGAAGGAGCAGUAGCACCAAGGAUGACAAGCCAUUCACUGGCUGGGAUGAUGAGUGGGAUGGGGUGAGCCCUAAAGCUGACAGGGGGCAUGGAAGCAUGGCUAGCAACAGCAGCAGCAAUGGAGGGAGCCGUGCGUCUGCAGGAGCUGGUGCACAAAAGAAGCAGGCAGCUGCAGCAGCAGUAAUGGAAACUGAGUCGGACUCGUGGGGUGGAUGGGAUGAUGUGCCGUCGCCUGCUCCUGCUAGCACUGCCACUGCUGGUGCGGAAAAGAAAGGGGGUGCAGCUAAGAAAAAGGAUGACUGGGAUGAUUGGGGAGGGUUUUAA